AUGGACCAAUGGCUGCUGGUUAAGGCCACAGCCCGGCUCUGUCAGGCUCUGACGUUUUAAAGGUUAUGCACGCACGCACGUGUGAGCCUCUGACGCUCCUCCCUUGGGCUCCUCCUCCCCUUGCAGAGAGAUACUCUUCUCCUUUCAGCUCUCUCUGCACUGGUGGCUAGAGUAACACAGCCUGUGUCUAAGUCAAGAACUCCCUGUCAGAGCACAAGGCGGCCUGAGAGGCACCAAGGACUGAGAGGAUGGGGAACUCUCUGCUGAGGCAAAACAGGUGGCAGCAGACCACUCAAGAGACACCCUGGAAUCUGGGGAAUCAAAACCGCAAACAGAGAACAUCCAGAUGCUGGGACUGCCACAUGGCUGAAGAGUGUUUCUGCCUUCCGUGGAAAAGAAUAGACAUUUUUAAAGCAAGGCAAGAUUCUCAGAAGGAAAAUAAAGGAACGGCAUCCACUCCCAUCCAGCAGGACGAUGUUGACCACAACUCCUCGGAGGAGCUGUGCUACACCCUCAUCAAUCACAGCGUCCUCAGGAGAAGGCCAUCAGAGAAGUCUGCUGAGGGGUGGUAUGAGAACAUUUCCCGGGAGGCCGAGACACCCAGAGAGGCCUCAGGAGGAACAGAGACUGAGUACUCACUUGUCCACGUGCCUCCCACCCCUAGGCAUCCACCUUCCGCAGAAGACGAAUAUGAACUUCUCAUGCCCAGAGUCUCCUCUCACUCCCUGCACCAACCACGUCCCCUUAGGCUCCCUCCUGAGAAUCAGUUUGUGCAUUUAUAAUGAAGUGAUUGGACUAGCAUUUGCUUAACACCAGCAAAUAAAAGCUGGGGGUAGGGGCUCUGGUUAAAGCAGGCAUGGGGCACAAAGUCUUUCUGGCUGACCUCCCCCUGCCAACAGCCCCUUCUACAGGGGGCUCAGCAGAACAUGGUUUACAAACCACAGGGCCUCUCAGAUCCUGCUCAACAUCCAACAUCAAAAGAUUAACCAACCAUCUUCAACACCACUCUUUGAGAAGGGACUGGCCAUUAUUGCUUGUAAGUGGCUUUGGAAAUGGACUGCUUUACUCAGUGGCAGGAGGGGGGCUCCCUGGUCCCCUAUAGCUAUGCACAUCACAAAGGCUCUGCUUCUCCGUCUGGGUUCUUCUCAUAAAACGUCCAUAUGAUUGCCCUCUGAAGUCGCAGAAGCUUUAGCCAUCAUAUUAAGUGUACCCAGGGGGAGUCCACUUGCUCCACAAGUGUUUGUGGGGCCAACUCCUCACUCGCAGGCUUCUAGGCGGAUGCCUGUGCAAUCCUUUCACUCCAUGCCUCUAAAUGGUGUCCUUUGCAUAGUGUCCUUUGACUCGUCAGCUCUGGUGGCUUGGUUGGUUUCAUGAGUUGAAUCAGUAAGGUCCAGGCCAGGUUUUUAUAUAAUUUUUAAUACAAUUUUAAUCCUUAUUUUUUAAUCUUGUAUUUUUCCCUAGAAAUCUUAAGAAGAAAAUCAUAGCUUCAGAGACUGAUAGAGAGUCCUUUGGCAAUCCUCUAAUCCCACUUUCCCUUUUUGGCUCCGGGAGGAUAAUAAGCCCAACGUGAUGUUGUAAGUUACUGGCAGAACUUUAUCCAGAGGCUGAUUUCUUGGCUUUGAAUUCAGUGCUCUUCCAACAUACUACAUAGACAAGCCUUUGCUGUAUGCUGUAUGUGUGUAUUAAGUAACACGUCAUUUAUAAAACAUGAGUAAAAUGUCCACAUUGGAAAAAUAACACGCACAUACACAUACUCCUUCACUCAUGAGCAUUUCUCUGCAUGCCCUGAUUAUUUAUUUUCCCUCAUCUUUUCUUCCUUGUUCCUAGAAUUAUGUCUAGGAUAUAAUGUCCUAAAAUAGGGAUCAGCAAACUAUAGCCCACAGGCCAAAUCUGACCCUCUGCUUGUUUUUAUAAAUAAAAUGUUAUUGGAAUACAGCCCCGCUCACUUGUUUACAGGCUUUCUGGCUGCUCAACUACUGGAGAGUUCAGCCGUGGUGAUAUACACUAUGGGUCCUGUAAAUACACAAAUAUUUAUUUGGGGGCUCAUUUCAGAAAAAAAAGUUUGUAGACCCCCACCCUAAACCAUCAUACUUGGAGAUAAACUUAACAGAAAUGUGUUUGGGUAUUGAUGUAACUCAUAAGAGCUGGUACCAAUAAAAUGGUAUGAAAAUUUAAAACCACAAAUUAGAUGAGACCAAGGAUUAGCAAAUUAGACUAUUUCUAUAUCCACACCUGUGUUCUCAACUUCCUGUUUUGUUGAACCCAUGGCCAUUAUAUUAAUUUUAGGGAUGUUAAAAUAGUAAGAGGUUUGUUGACAAGCAGUAGAUGUAUUAUGUGUUUAAUUGCUGUUUUGUUCCCCAAACUAACCAAAGUUAAAUAACUUUGCUAUAUAAAAUGUGCCAAGCGUCCAAUGAGGAUAAAUCAGUGACUUGAGGAUGGAUGCAUCACACAGGUUUGCUGAGACUUCAGGCAGUUGGUCUUCAACCAAAGAACCAAGCACAUCUUGGUAUCAUGUCCUCUGCUAACUUCCUGUUUUUAGCCAAAUUCUUUCACAAGGGACCCUCACUUUGACCCUUGGCCAGGAUUCACUUUAAGGAAACAAUGUGACACCAGAGUCAGAUCAGCGGUGAUUCAAAGCCUGGUUGUGUCUCUUCCUCCCUCUGUGACCUUGAGCAGGUGACAUGAAGGCCCAGCCUUUUCCCCCAUGAACGGGAGGAUUACAUCUAAUGUAUGUAAAUCAUCCAUCACAGACCUUGAAUAAAUGAUAGCAAAGAGCAAAAGGGAACAGAAAUCUUUAUGAUGUACGGAGAAAAACAUGUGCUGAUGUGCCUGGUGAUCCGGGGUUACCCAGCAGUCUUCCAGUGAGACAGAAACACGGAACGCUAGGCGCUAGGCUGGAAUUGUCCACUCCGACACCGGACCAUUGCGGAAACUGGUUGGUUUAAAUACUCUCAGUACAACCUAAUAAGUUAUACCUGUUUGACUCUUAUCACGUGAAAGUAUUACCUGUCUCAAAUAGUACAUGCCUUUUAGCAGGAACAUAUUAAAUAUAAAUGCUUAACCAAAGAAAGUUGUUCUGAUAAUGAAAUUUAGAGGGAUCAUGGAAGGGAAUUAUUUGCGAGCGGGAGAGCCCUCUGAGAGUGCUUUGAACUACCUAACAUGUCUGUAGAUAACGGUGAUCCCGUUUUCCAUAGAUUUCAGGAUUUCUGAUGAAAGCUGUGCACCCUCUUCACAGAAAGUGUACAUUCUCUCACACACACACACACACACACACACAACACAUUUGUAUGCAAUUUCAAGGGGUUCGGGGUGCAACCCCUCAGUUAAAGAUUUCUGUUCUUAAUAAAAAAAAAAAACUGAAGCUGAGGAUAUAAAUUGUCCCCUCAAGCCACAAGUAUAAUCAGAAAACCCCCGUUCCCAUGCUGGUCAUAAACCUGUAAGUAGCCAGAGUUCACAGAGGUACAUUUUAUGCAGCAACUGCAGUCUCUGUGGUUUCCGUUUUAUGUUCACACUAGUAAAUACAUCUAUAAAUAAUC